AUGCCGGAACACAGUCCGGCUCCGACUCCGCAUAGGGCGGUCUACGGAUUUGCCUUUUAUAUGCUGUUUACGGUCCUGUUCUUCAUCUACGUGGCUUGGGCCCUGUUGCCUGUGGAGUUUGGACUGCAUUCCUAUCUACCGGACAAGUAUUUCGCUGUAUUUGUGCCAUUUCUGGUGCUGGUCUUCGCCUGGUUUUUUGCCUUUCUCAUAUACCCAGCUAUAAAUCUCUCGAUGACCGUGGACGUAGAUUCAAUUGCCUCUGUGGUGGAUCCCAAGUUGGUUCUACCCAAGGGCACAGCAUUUACCUCUUGGUCGCAGUUGCAACAGAGUAAGGAAAACCGGGAAAAUGUGCCAAAGCAGCCCUCUCCAAUCGACUGCAACCUUUGCAGGACUUUCCACCAACCUGUGACACGUGCUCCCAUAGCACCUUUACGUUUCCUGGAUCUCCAGGAAGUAAAUACAGCGUAUUACAACUAAAAAACUAAA